GUGCACGCUUCUGCGCGUUCCUCAUUCAUCUGAGUGCGCGUGAGUGAGAGGCAGCAAGCGGAGAGGAGCGAGUCCCGCUGACACCACGAUAUUAGUCUGAACCUCGACUGACUCCUACACAUUCAGGAUACUCUUGGAUUAUUUAACAUUUCGUCUUUCACCAGUCCAGAAACAACCGCGUCUGUCCUCCGUGAGCAGGUGCUGGAGAGGGCCAGGAAGAGAGCGCUGACGGUUUGGUGCAGCGGGGUGGGCAGAGAGGCGAGCGCAUGAGGAGAGGGCGUCCUGAGACCCCCAUCUCCACCGCUCGCACACACACGUUCACGGACACACCGCGCCUACAGCCCUCCAGCCGCCAUGAGGUCCAUUCGGUCGUUCGGGAACGAUGACCGUCAUGUCAUGGCCAAGCACUCCACCAUCUACCCUUCCUCUGAGGUCCUGGAGGCGGUGCAGAGCCUCGUCUCCACGGUGGAGUGCGCCCUGAAACAUGUGUCUGAGGGGAUGGACCAAACUCAAGCCAGCCAAUCAAAUCAGUCAAAUUCACCCAGCACACAGGAGGAAGAGACGGAGGCCAGCACCGACGAAUCACCAGAAGGCAGCACAAACGAGGGCAGCAGCUGUAGCAAUGGUCCCAGUGAAGGAGCGGUGUUAUGUGGAGUGAUGAGGAUCGGUCUGGUGGCCAAAGGCCUCCUGAUUAAAGAUGACAUGGAUCUGGAGCUGGUGCUCAUGUGCAAAGAGAAACCCACCAAGACACUGCUGUGCACCGUCUGUGACAACCUCCCGCUGCAGAUUGAGAAAUUGACAGAAGAGAAGUAUGAGAUACAGCAAUGUAUUCCCGAGGCCGCCAUCUUGGUCUGCACCACGACAGAACCCAAACUCACACUGAAGGUGAUGCUCACCUCCCCGCAGAUGAAAGACGACUGUGAGACGGAGGAGCAAGAGAGCGUUGAGUCGAGCGAGCCGGCGGACCUGUUGGAUAGACAGAGGUGCCUGGUGGCGUUGGCCUCUCUGCGACAUGCCAAAUGGUUCCAGGCUAGAGUUAACGGCCUAAAGUCGUGCGUGAUCGUCUUACGAAUACUGAGAGACAUGUGCAAUAGAGUCCCGGCGUGGGAACCUCUGAAAGGAUGGCCUUUGGAGUUAAUAUGUGAAAAGGCCAUCGCUACGUGUAACAGACCUUUGGGAGCUGGAGAGGCUCUGCGCCGGGUCAUGGAGUGUCUCGCCUCUGGCAUACUGCUUCCAGGUGGGCCAGGCCUGCAUGAUCCCUGUGAGAAGGAGCCCACAAACACACUGUCGGCCAUGACGGAUGAGGAAGCAGAGGCCGUCACGUUUAAUGCACAGCAUGCUCUGCGGCUUAUGGCCUUUGGGCAGAUCUAUAAGGUCUUAGAAAUGGACCCCCUCCCCUCAAGUAAACCUUCACAGAAAUUCCCUUGGUCAGAUAAAGAAGGUCUUGGCCUGAAGAGACCUUAUGAAGAUGGUCUGCUGGACGACAAAGACAUCAUCAAGAAGAUGAAGCGCAACCUGAGAAAAGCAGUUCUUGACAGUAAAGCAAUAGACUCGAAUCAACCCAUGAACGCUCUGAUGCGCUUGAACCAGAUCCGGCCGGGGCUGCAGUAUAAACUGCUGUCUCAGUCAGGUCCGGUUCACGCCCCCGUGUUCACCAUGUCUGUAGACGUCGACGGCACCGUCUACGAAGCCUCUGGCUCCUCAAAGAAGACCGCCAAGCUGCACGUGGCUGUAAAGGUGCUACAGGCGAUGGGUUACCCCACAGGCUUCGACACAGACCUGGACUCCAUGAGUGCAGAUGAGAAGUCAGACGGGGAGGGCAAGAGCGAAUCGUCCACUCACUCAAGCAAUAACACAUCACACUCAGACAACUCCAACACGUUGGAGGUGCGAACUCAGGGUCCUAUUUUGACGGCCAGCGGGAAGAACCCGGUCAUGGAACUCAAUGAGAAACGUCGUGGGCUGAAGUAUGAGCUCAUCUCAGAGAGCGGAGGGAGUCACGACAAACGCUUCGUCAUGGAGGUGGAAGUCGACGGGCAGAAGUUUCGCGGCGCAGGGCCCAAUAAGAAAGUAGCCAAAGCCAGCGCUGCCCUCGCAGCUCUAGAGAAACUCUUCUCCGGGCCGAAUGCUGCUGGAAACAAGAAGAAGAAAAUAAUCCCUCCGAGUAAAGGGGCAUUAGCUGCCGCUGCUGCUGUGUCUGCCGCCGCGAUCCAGGCUGCACGAGGACGAGGAAGACACACUCUCACGCGAGGAGCUUUCGUCAGCGCUGCGGCCGCACCGGGAUACGUCACGCCAGGCUUUGGAGCCCCAUACGGGUACAGCGCUGCGGCCGCCACUCCUGCAUACGGUGGUCUUUUCAUUGACAAUCCCUUUUACCAGCCGCGGACCAUCGCUCCUUUUUUUAUUCACUUGGGUCCUCAAGAUCUCUUCUCUGACUUCUAGAACCAUCAGGUUGUGUGGCUCUAAACUGUCGUACCACUCCAGGCAUGACCAGGCUGUCUCCACCGCACAGAGACGGCCCAAACUUCAUUCACAAACCCAUCCAAACCCAAUCUAAGGAUCCAAAAAUGCACCACUCUUACAAAAGCAAUACUCUAUUUGACUUGCUCGUCCCGAAAACCGGCCGGGGGACCUCGGUUCCUCUUUAUAUAGCAAUACACUUGAACUCUUUUGGGCUUUAAGCUUACUUGAGAUGUGAAUGUUCGGUUGAGUCUUACUCAAACUUGGCGUUGCAAUAUAGUCAUUUUCAUUGUAUACUCACCACAUGUGUAUGUGUGGCUAUAUUAUAAAUACACGCAUAUAUAUGUAUGGUCUCUGGCACUAUAAAUAUAUAUGUGUAGAUAUACCGAUGUACUUAUGUAUAUUUAUAUGCAGCAUAUGUAUUUAUAUAAAUAUACAUACAUACACACAUAUACAUAUUCUUGGUAUUAAUUAUUUUAGAAUUGGAAAGUGAUAUUUAACCAUUAUACUAGGAUAUAUCUUUCUUCCAGUUUUAUAUAUAUACAGUAUACAUAUAUGCUAAGCAAUUUAAUCUAGUAAAUUAUUCUUGUGAAAAUGCAAUAUGAAAGCCCUUUUCUUAAUCUACCUGUAGUAGAUUAGUGAUGCUUCCUUCUCUCCGACUCGGGCGGCUUGGCCGUGUGUUGGUCAGAUCUGCGCGUGUGCGUGUUUUUGCUCAGUCCACCAAAGUCUGGCGUUCUGGUUGGGUCAAGAGGUCGCCCGUGCCGCCUACACCCACACCUCACAGGUCUUUCUAAAGCACAUCCGACGGCAGAUUGGUUUACUCUUUCUGGCCGUUGACUGGGGUGCAUACUCGUACACGUCAUCACGGUAUGAGGGGCAGCUAGUGUGACCCGGUCACUCACUCACUCAAUCACUUCUCCCUGCAAAAGCACAGGCGGCUCUCUUUGACGCGGCAUAGGUGGCCCUUCAUUCGCCCUUCCAUUCAUUCUGUCAUUCGUACUUCUCAGGCCUGUUUCACACUGCACACAAAAGGCACAUAUUUGGACACAUUUCAGUGGCCACUCACAUUGCCUGCACAAUCAUAGCAGAAGCGUAGCUGCAAGUUUCUGUGGAAAACAUGCGCAAAAUUUGCUGUAAACCUAUUUAGCAACACAAUAUUUAGCAUUAAAGGCUUUUAUACAGUGACGGAGAAAACCUGACUGAAUCCAGAUCAUUGAAAGAGUUCCGUGUCGAGCAAUUUUCAGUAGCGAACUCCCGAUAGAUGUUUAAUACAUUCUGGUCGUUAUUAAAAGAGACGCUCAAUUUAGUCAACCUAUUUUUCUUAGUAGUACUGCAGUUCUGUGGGUGUGAAAGCGCAAUGCAUGUUGUACUGUUGUGAAACAGGCCUCGGGUUAAUGCAGCAGCAGCGAGCAGUCGCUCUUUACUUUUGUGCGUUUUUCUUCAGCAGGUCUGUUGUAGCGCAACUGUAGGCCAACUAAUUAAUAACCGCUCUCAAAAGACUCCCAGAAACAGUACCAACCACAGAGCACAGACAUGGGAAUGAGCUUGAGGAUAUCAAUUUAGCUGUGCUAUAUUCAGAUUUACAGAACCGUCAGGAUUGUUUUACUGUACUCUGAAUGCUUAUCGUUAAAUAAUGAAAGUAAUUUUUUCUAUAAAAAUGUCCUUCUCUUGUUGGCUUCACAUAUACAAGUAGAUAAUUCAACCAAUAUCACUAGGAAUGUAUUGAUGUUUGUAUGUCAAAGUAGUUUUGAUAUUUUACUGUGCUUUCAGUAAGCAAUUGAAUGUCACGAUUUCUCACCAAAACCCAAAUGUAUAAGGCAAAAAAAAAAAAAAAUGGUUUUCACUAAAACAGGACACAGCUCACAUAUAUAUUGAAUGUGUCCCCUUAUAUCAAUUUCCCCAUGUAUUUAGUCAUAUUUUAGCUGUUGUGUUUGAUUGUGUAAUAGUGUAGCUCUCAAAUAGGAAAAGAUGGGAUAUAAUCACAGAAACAAUACAGAAUAGUAGUAGAGUAAUAAUAGUAUAGUAUCAUUCAGUAAAAGCAAUAGUACAUCAUACAUCAUAUGAUCAUAAUAUUCUUGCUUGUCAUGAUGUAUUUUUUGGGGGAACACUUUAUUUUAAGGUGACAUGGUUACAUGUUACUUCAUGUACUUACUGUAGUAAUAACAGUAAAUUAUGAAUAAUUACAAGUCACUAACCCUCAGCUGAACCCUAACCGUAACACUAUAAAAAGUACAUAUUUGAGUAAGGACAAUGUAACAACGUCCCCUUGAAAUAAAGCGUGACCUUUCUUUCUUUUCGUUUUUGAAAACAAAUUCAUUUUUCUGUUCCCCAACCAGACGAGACUUCGGUCAGUUUUGAAUUAAAGCUGGUAAGUCUUGUAUGGGUAAGUUUUGUAUUAAAAUGCAAUAGAGAUUUGAGAGAAAAGCGCAUCAAAAGACAAAAUGGCCUUUAUUUUUCUUUGAGCUUUAUGAAUGAUCGGCAAACACACAAGGCCCUUUCCUCGAUCUGACGCCACACCAGCAUUACGCAGUUCAAAAGACACAGUUAACCUUAUAUUGAGUUGGUAAAACACAGGGCUAACAAAGUGGAGCAAAGAAUGUUAAUUUUUACAUUACGUCGAUUCAAAGUCUUCCGUGUUAUUUGUGUCUAAUCAGUUCGCAAACAUAAAACUCAUUCACGAUAAAGUCGACAUGAAAUUGGCCCCAUUUACUUUCUUUAUUAAAUGUUUCUUGACUUAUUAUGAACCUUUUUUCAUCAAACUUCCCUCUUAUUUUUCAACCCCUCUCCUCUAAUCAUCUGGUUUGCUUAAACAGGAUGUAGCCUAACACUCAUUUUCAUAAUCUAAUCAGUUUUCAAAGUAAAACAUUCCGCCUUUUCAAUUUCAAAACAGGAAUAAACUGAAUAAACUCACACCAUCGGGGCUUGAGCCCUAAAAAGCAGGAGAAAAGAAAUGUAGUCCAUUUGAAAAUACAUAAUGUUGUAUACAGACAUGAGUUUAGAAUAUAGUUGCAUGUUGACUUUAACCAAGAUUACCUCAUGAUAUGAUUUUCCACAAUCACAAAUGUGCUGUAAAAUAUUAUGUGUUCAAAAACAAUGUCUCAUAGUCAAUAAAGAUAUUCCAGGGAUGUUUCAUUAAUCCAAAUAUAUAAAUCCAGUGUAAAAGCCAUAUAGGCUGCGUUUACUGCAUUGCAAAGAUCAGAUUUUUUGACAAUAUCAGAUUUUUUUUUUCUUGCCUGCCCUGUUUACAUUCACUUUAGAAAAAUAAUUACAGUAACUCCCACCCAAAUAAAUAUUUUAUUUAUUUUAAUGAUUUAUAUAAUUCAUGUCGGUUGGUUCCAUGAUUACUUUCCAGCAUGGAUAAGUUAAAAUCAUAGAGCAAAAUGUGACUGAGAGGAUAUAUAGGCUAACGGUUUGAUUACGGUAAUAACGGUUCACUUAGAUCUACAAUUCUGAAGUGAAAUAAAGAAGCAUUGAAAGAAUGCGUUUAUUUAAAUUCAGUUGAAUAAAUUAUCAAGAGAGAGAUUGAGAUUGUGAAGCUGUUUAAAAUGACAAAAACUGCAAAGUUAUCUCGUUGUAAAGAAAUAUUCAGUACUGAAGCUGUUUUAUUUCUACAAUUCACUUCGCAGAUGUUAAACACUCUCUAUGCUCCACAUCUGCUUCAUAAUACAACAUUUAAAAAGCUAUCUGUUGAAAUCAGAUACAUUUUUAGGUCAGAUAUUGUCCAUAUAUCAUAUUUAAAACCACAUUUGGAAGUGUCCCAGAAGAACAGAUGCGAAAAAUCUGAUGUCGUGCAGAUGUUUCUGUUUACACAUAUGCAACAAAAUCUGAUGUUUGUGCCAGUGUGGACGCAGCCAGUCCGUCUUUAUAAACAUCAGAUGUUGCUGCAUUGUUGCUGCAGUGCUUAAAAGCAUCAAAAUCUUCUCCUGAAGUGCAAAUAUAUGCCAGCCUGCUUUCCCGACAGCCAGAUGGUCUUCAUAAAUAUGUUGUUAGAACUCAUAUUUUAGUUCAGUUUAGGCUAGAAUGCUGCUCAUCAGCUGCGUUUGUUUCUCAGUGGUAGCGAGGGAUGGGAGAAGACAUUUACACAGCUGCCAUCUCCUGUCAAAUUUAGUGCCGAGGUGAUGUAUGAAAUAAAAUUCAAUGCGCAAGAGAAUAUCUGAUUAAAAUAAACCAAGCUUGAUUUCCCGGGAGCCAUCAAAAGUUAGUUUUAUUUCCGAUUCCGUUUGCCGACUCGUGUAUGAUGUCACCGUUUGUGGGCGGGGCCCCAAGAUACGCAUAAGAUUGUACGCCACUUCAUCGGCUCUACUCAGGUAGAUGUUAAACUCCACUUUCCAGAUAUGGCAUCCGCUUCUCGUGAUCUAGCACACUUUGGUUCGUUUGUCGGAGCCAUGGCGCAGCAGUUGACAUCUUGGAGCUCACAUGUGUAGCUAAUGCAGGUUCAAGUCCCCAGUGUCUUCAAUUUCUGUCCAAUACAGUAGCAAAAACGCUUCAUUUAGAAAGAAAUCCGGAUUAAAAGCAUAACAUUGGCACUGAAUGGUUUAAUGGACUUG